AGCAGCUCGACUCACAGAGGAGGAGGUGAAAAAGUUGGGGAGAAGAUAAACCAGCAAAAAGAGAGAGCGACAAUAAUAAUCGCACUGAGCGGAUGAGUUGGACUUGGGAGGAAAACACUUUCCCUCUUCACAUAAAAAGUAAAUUGAACUAAAUAGGAGAUUGGAGAACAAGUCAGAGAAAGAAAUAAUCCCAGCAGAGAUAGCUGUUACUGAGUUGUCUUGCACCUGAUUUCUCUUGUUCUUCUCCGGUUGCGGGCUGAAGAUGCUCUUGGACGCGGGAGCGCAGUAUCCGGCGAUCGGGGUGACUACUUUCGGUUCCUCCAGGCAUCACUCAGCUGGAGAAGUGGCAGAUCGCGAAGUGGCUUUGGGGAUCAACCCGUUCGCCGACGGCAUGGGCGCUUUUAAAAUCAACCACGGCUCACAUGAACUUGGUUCUGCGGGCCAGGCAGCGUUCUCCUCGCAGUCACCCGCCGGGUACGCGGCCGCAGCCGCCCUGGGACACCACCACCACCACCAUCACCCAGCCACACAUGUUGGGUCGUACUCCACGGCUGCAGCUGCAGCUUUCAACUCCACGAGAGACUUUCUCUUCCGAAAUCGGGGGUUUGGAGACGCCACUGGUGCCCAGCAUAGCCUUUUCGCCUCUGCCGCAGGAGGCUUCGGCGGGCCUCACGGGCACUCGGACGCCGCCGGGCACCUUCUCUUUCCGGGACUGCACGAGCAAGCUGCGACGCACGCGUCUGCCUCCAGCGUGGUGAACGGACAGAUGCGCCUGGGAUUCUCAGGAGACGUGUACGGACGGGCCGAGCAGUACGGCCACGUCGCGAGUCCCAGGUCCGAGCCGCACUACGCCUCCACGCAGCUGCACGGUUACGGUCCCGUCAACAUGAACAUGGCCGCGCAUCACGGUGCCGGUGCCUUCUUUCGUUACAUGAGACAACCGAUUAAACAAGAGCUCAUCUGCAAGUGGAUCGAACCUGAGCAGCUCAGCAACCCGAAAAAGUCCUGCAACAAAACUUUCAGCACCAUGCACGAGCUGGUCACCCAUCUUACAGUGGAGCACGUUGGCGGACCUGAGCAGUCCAAUCACAUCUGUUUUUGGGAGGAGUGCGCACGGGAAGGGAAACCGUUCAAAGCCAAAUACAAGCUCGUAAACCAUAUCAGGGUGCACACCGGUGAAAAACCGUUCCCGUGCCCAUUCCCUGGUUGUGGCAAAGUGUUUGCCCGAUCGGAAAACCUAAAGAUUCACAAGAGGACUCACACAGGUGAAAAACCCUUUAAAUGUGAAUUUGAAGGCUGUGACAGACGGUUUGCUAACAGCAGUGACCGAAAGAAACACAUGCACGUCCACACGUCAGAUAAACCAUAUCUGUGCAAAAUGUGCGACAAAUCAUACACACAUCCGAGCUCCCUUCGGAAACACAUGAAGGUUCACGAGUCAACGUCUCAAGGCUCGCAACCUUCUCCUGCAGCCAGCUCGGGCUACGAGUCCUCCACUCCCCCCACUAUCGUGUCUCCUUCCACAGAGAACCAGAGCAGCAGUUCCAUAUCACCAUCAGCCUCGUCCACGGUGCACCAUACCACCACCUCCACCUUGGCCUCAAAUUUUAACGAAUGGUACGUGUAAAUAUUUUCAACAAAGAAAAAAAGACUGCAGAAUUAAGACUGCUUGAAAAUAAAAACAAUCAGCCCAUUUACAAAGGACCUUAAAAGGCAAAUAAAUAAAAUGGAGAACUUCGAUUGUUUUCUGGCUAUAUAGCAGAAAGAAAACAGUGCAUGGACGUCUUUUCCUGAUAUAAAUAUAUUUUUUAUUUUUUUCUUUCCCUUUUUUUUUAUUUUUUAUUUUUUAUUUUUUUAUUCUUUUAUGGGAGGGACUGCUCACCAGAAGAUCAGUUGCAUGCUAUGAGCAGGUCAAAACGCCUGUCAUUUUUGUACAUAAAGAUUUACCUAGUUUAAAUUGUAAUAUUUUUAUUUUGUAAAUAGUCAUAAUACAGUUUAAGGGAAUUUGUGAAAAAUGUGGUCCCUAGAUAUAUGGAAAAUGAGAAGGCUUUACGAAUAUUGCGAUGAUUUAGUCUUGACUGAAAAUACAGAAUGUUAUAGUUAAUGUGUACCAAAUGUGAAUUACUCAGUAUUAUACCGUCUACACGUUUACCUAACCGAUUAUUAGUAUUAAUGUGCUUUUGUAUCCAGUGCAACAUUUCGUCUAAAGUCCAGUCUGAGUAGCAAAGUUGUUGUUAUUUAAUGUCAUGUCGAUAAAUUGUGUAGUGAAAGCCUGAAACUCCGUGUCGAUCUUGUUUAUGUAUAAGUGAUAAAAUAUAAAACUGUUUAUUGCAAUGCCACUUUGCAAGAAAUGAUUACUUGUAUACGGUUCGGUUUUUCCAUAUUUAUCCGCAUGUAAAGGACCGGGUAACUCAUGUUAGAAAUAGGCCUUAUCCGUAUUUAUGGAGCAAUGCGUUGGAAGGGUAUGUAAAAUUUAGAUUUCCAAAUAAUGUUUGGUUACAUUUCGUACAAUAUUAAAGAGUACAACCUUAAAA